GAGAGUGUCACGCGGGGAAGCGAGGACACUGGCGAUCGGGAUUGGAGUUAUUGACGCCGUAGUAGAGAAGGUACAGUACAUAAGAUGAGACGUGGGCGCCUCUCCUCCCUUUAGGCCUAUGUAACCAGCGGUACUGCUGCUACACAUCGUCGCACUUGUCCCGACAAAGGUUAGAACUACAUCGGACACUGACGAAGAUACCAUGACGGAUAGUAGGUCAUACCACGGCGUCGAGGGGUCUGUCUAUGUCUUGCCAGCCGACGAGGCUGAGACGGAGCGGCUCUCGUUGCAGCACCGCGUCCUGACACGAGCAUUUGAAGGACGCCUGUGGACCGCGCCACUGGACGUCAAGCAGCUCGAGCGAGCCGACGUGCUGGACAAUGCAACGGGAAAUGCGAGCAUCAUUUACGAGACCGCUUCGUUCUUUGCUAAUAUCUGGAAGUCAGUUGGCAGUCCGGAAGCCAAACACGCCUUCACGGGCAUCCAUUUCAAACCUGAGGCAGCCGGUCUUGAUCUCUUGUUCGUUGACCUGUCACGUAAAUCAUUAUCCAGUCAGCAGAAAGAGCCAGAACCACGACCGGCGCUUAUCGGAUUGGAGUAAAAUGCACCAGUGUGUCAGAAGGGCAAAGUCGUC